ACUGAGGUGUCAUCUGUCAACACAUCACCGAUAGCGAUUGGGCUAGCCACAACGAGAAAAGCUAGCCUGUAAGGAAACAGUUGUUUGUUAUUCAUCUUCUCUGACCUAUAAUGGUACGUUUGGUCAACACACAAUGUAUUAAAACGGUCAUAAUAGUAUCGCAGGUGUCUCGUGCAUGAUCGUGCACUUCAAUUUACGUGCUAUCUAGAGCUAAGGUUAAGUGGGUCGAGAAGAUACCCUGCUAGCUCAGAAGCUAGCCCAGUAGAGGCUCUAGUAUUUGCAUCAAUAGAAGUGUUUGCUAGUGUAUCUUAAUCUCCCAGGCACCACCAGGCAGCAGUUUUGCUUGUAGGGUUUCUGAUUUGGACGCAAACUCAGUUCUUCACGAUAGUGAAUCCUUUACGUUCCUACACAGGAUAAGCGCAAUGUUGUGAUGAGUAAAAAUGCUGCGAUAGCCACCUUUGUUCCGUAAUAACUAGCACUGGUAUCGAGAAACACGGUAAAGUGAUGAUGGGAGAGAGAGAAAACACAAAACAAUAAUAGCACUGAUGCUCACUGUGUUGUUGUGGCCAUGCUUUGCACGGCGUUAAUGAUUUCACCCAAAAAUGUUUUCGCAAUGAGCUAAUAUCUCCCCAGGCGCAGCUUAGACCCCGUUAACUGGAAAUAAACAACAGAGGUGCAGUCACCCAUUUACUUACUGUGGUUGGUUUCUGAGAAAGCUACGUCUUUUGCACAAGGCCAUCUGAAGUUUAAUCUUCAGAUUUUCUCAACACUAUGGUGGAAUACUACCAGAUUUUAGGCGUGCAAAGGAAUGCAUCUCCAGAAGACAUAAAGAAAGCAUACAGAAAACUUGCCCUCAAGUGGCACCCGGACAAAAAUCCAGACAACAAGGAUGAGGCUGAGCACAGAUUCAAAGAGCUUUCAGAAGCCUACGAGGUCCUUUCAGACGUCAACAAACGGAAAUUGUAUGACCGCUACGGCAAAGAGGGCUUAUCCGGACACAAUGGUGGAGGCGGGCAUUAUUCCAAUGGCGACCACUUCAACGCAGGCUUUACAUUCCGUAAUCCAGAAGAUGUGUUCAGGGAAUUCUUCGGGGGACGUGAUCCAUUUGCCGAUUUUUUUGGUGGGGACCCCUUCGGUGAUGACUUCUUUGGGGACGACCUGUUCGGUGGCGGCCGUAGGCACCAGCGUGGCGUGAGCCGAAGCAGAACGGCAGGGCCUUUCUUCGGGGGUUUCGGGGGAUUUCCACCACCCUUCGCAGGAUUCUCACCAUUCGAACCAACAGGUUUCGCACCGUUUGGGGCCAUCGGCCACAUGGGGCAUAUGGGACACAUGGGACACAUGGGGCACAUGCCGGGAGGCUUCACCUCCUUCUCCUCCACCUCUUUCGGGGGAGGAGGAGGAGGCGGCGGCGGGGGAGGCGGCAUGGGCAGCUUCCGCUCCGUCUCCACCUCCACCAAGUUCAUCAACGGCAGAAAAAUCACAACAAAAAGAAUUGUAGAGAAUGGGCAGGAGCGGGUGGAGGUGGAAGAGGACGGACAGAUAAAAUCUAUAACAAUUAAUGGAGCGGCCCAGGGGUUGUCGCUAGAGGCGGGCCACAGGCCAAGGGAGGAGGUGCGGGCCAGCUCUUCCUCCUCAGCCCCCCAGCAGCAGCAGCAGCAGCAGCAGCACAGUUCCAGGCCGGCCCCGGCCAAGCGGGCUGCUCCCAGCCCCAUCCCCAUCCCCAGCACAGACACCCAGUCCCAGCACAGCUCAGCUCAGGGUGAGUCCCACAGACAAGUGGACGGCAAGCGGAAGAGGCCAGCGCAGCAGGAGGGGGUGAAGAAGCACAAGGCCGUAUGAUCGUGACGUCAGUCAGCCACCCCUACUGACGUCGGAACCAGAUUCAGAAUGCCAGGUGGACUUCCAAACAACAACGCCUGUGACUGCGGGGCAGUGACGCCACCUAAUGUUCCUGAAGCACUCGUUUAGUGAGGGCAUUCUCAACCUGUGGCUUACACAACAGCUGUAUGAG